CGACGACGACAAACUGAGUAAACCGAGGUGGGCGAUUGCUAGUCGGACCUCACCUACCCGUCUCACCGAUAAACUCAAGUCCAAAUAAUCCUCCCCCAGCGCCCACGGUCUUGCCCACGGUCAGCCGAGGCAGAUCUCCAGGGCGCGCGCAGGGUGAUUUCGAUUUUCGGCUCGAUUCAUAUUCCUGCCACGGCACAAUCGCAGCCCGUUGGUGCGCGCGCCGCAGGAGCUGCAGGAACCUCGAGACGCCGAGCCCCCUCAUCAUGGCCGACCAGACAUACAUGCCGAAUCCCACCCUUGCCACGGAGGCGCACUGCAAGAGUAUGGAGCAGUACAGGCACAUGCACGAGAGAUCAAUACAAAAUCCUGCACAAUUUUGGGGUAAAAUUGCUAAGGAAUUCUAUUGGGAAACAGAAACGACCGAGGAAAAAUUUUUUUCUUAUAAUUUCAAUUUAAAUGAAGGUGAUAUCUAUAUCAAAUGGAUGGAAGGAGCAACAACAAAUUUGAGUUUCAAUUUACUCGACAAAAAUGUCAAAAGUGGAAAGGGCGAUCAAGUGGCCUUUUAUUGGGAGGGGAACGAUCCCGACGAUUACUCGCGCUUGACCUACCGCAAGCUCUUGGAGGAGGUUUGCCGGUUCGCCAACAUACUCAAGUCAAAAGGCAUUCAAAAGGGCGACCGUGUCGCCAUCUACAUGCCCAUGAUCCUUGAGCUUCCGAUUGCGAUGCUCGCGUGCACGAGGAUCGGCGCAGUGCACAGUGUCGUGUUUGCCGGCUACUCUGCCGAUUCCUUGGCCGAGAGGAUACUCGAUUCGAAGGCAAAGAUGCUGAUUACAGCCGAUGGCGUUUGGCGUGGCGAGAAACUUCUUUUAUUGAAGGUCAUUUGCGACGAAGCUCUGAAGAAGGUCAAGUGUCAAGGUCACGAAGUCGAAAAUUGCGUAGUUGUGUCGCAUCUCAGGCGGCUCACGUCACCCAAAGGCAAAGGCGAAGGAAUUCGUAGGGACGGUGCUACGAAUGGCAAUUCGAACGGAGACUCACAACAAAUUCCUUGGGACGAUGAUCGCGACUCAUGGUGGCACGAUGAAAUGGAAGAGGCUGAGACCAGUUGCUAUCCAGUUUGGGUAUCAGCGGAAGAUCCGCUAUUCAUUCUGUACACGAGCGGCUCGACGGGAAAGCCUAAGGGUGUAUUACACACUACUGGGGGAUAUUUGAUAUAUGCAGCGACAACCUUCAAGUACGUUUUCGAUUAUCAUCCCGGUGAUGUCUACUGGUGUACCGCCGACAUUGGCUGGAUUACUGGACACACCUAUGUUGUUUAUGGCCCAUUAGCUAAUGGGGCAACUUCUGUUCUGUUCGAAGGAACUCCGUUCUAUCCAACGAACGACAGAUAUUGGUCAGUAGUGGAUAAAUAUAAAGUCAAUCAGUUUUACACGGCACCGACAGCAAUUCGUUCGCUCAUGAAAUUUGGCGACAAUCUGGUGAAGAAACAUGAUUUGGGCACGCUUAAGGUCCUCGGAUCAGUCGGCGAACCAAUUAAUUCGGAAGCUUGGCUCUGGUUUUACAAUCUGGUAGGGCAUGGAAAAUGCAGUAUAGCGGACACAUUUUGGCAGACUGAAACCGGUGGACACGUUAUUACUCCUCUACCUGGUGCAACACCUAUGAAACCCGGCUCAGCCACUUACCCAUUUUUCGGCGUGCAGCCGGAACUUCUGGACGAGGAUGGUCACGUAAUUGAGGGUGAGGGCGAGGGUUAUCUUGUGUUCCGAAGACCCUGGCCCGGUAUGAUGAGGACACUCUAUGGAAAUCACGACCGCUUUCAAAGUACCUACUUUAAUAGGUUUCAUGGAUGCUACUGUACGGGUGAUGGUGCGCGACGAGACAAGGAUGGCUACUUAUGGGUGACAGGACGGAUUGACGACAUGCUCAACGUCUCCGGCCAUCUAAUGUCGACGGCGGAGGUCGAGAGUGUACUUGCGGAACAUUCGUCGGUCGCCGAGGCAGCGGUGGUUAGUAAACCGCAUCCCGUCAAAGGUCAAUGCCUCUAUUGCUUUAUCACGCCUAAUGAGGGCAAACCCUUCAACAAGCAACUUCAAGAUGAGUUAAAGAAGAAAGUUCGUGAGAGAAUCGGUCCGUUUGCUCAACCAGACGUAAUCCAGCAUGCGCCUGGCCUGCCCAAGACACGCUCCGGCAAGAUAAUGCGACGAAUACUUCGUAAAAUUGCCAUCGGCGACAAAAACGUCGGCGACGUAUCGACAUUGGCUGACGAGGGUGUCGUCGAGCUGCUAUUUUCUCUUAGGCCACAGCAGGAAGUGUAAAAAGCCGAAAGUAAACGCUUAAAAAUAUCCCUUGUCUUCGAUCGCCAGGAAUAUCAAUAAUAAUGAAAGUAAGAGAGGCAGACAAUAUGAUGUCUUAUUAUGAGAAAUAAUGAUUGCGAGAUAGAGAUUUCUUUAAUACGUUCUUGAAUCUUGCGCCUAGAAGGUUUUUUAAAAGAAUAGCCUAUUUACGAGCAAAAGCGUAAGAUGGACUUUCUCUUUGAUCCUUCAUAUAUGAAGAAUGAUUCAGGAAGUGGCAGCGGGUGCUUUACAAAACUUGCCGUGACAUUAAGAAAAGAAGAGGGUAUUGCCAAUUAGUUUUAAGUGUGAAUGAAGCUUCUUCCUUUAUUCCAAUUAUCGGAGAAAGUUUCAAAGAGAAAUGUUAGAAAUGGCAAAAUCCAAGCAAUACGAUCCCUGAUAUCGAGCUUUAUCGCUCCCAAGUUUCAGGAAGAAAACUUUGAAACUAAGCGAUCGUAGGAAAAGCACGAAAAAUAGAAUAUUAAAUUUAUUAUAAAAAUAAUGGAAAAUGAAAAAAGAAAGAAAGAAAGAAAAGAAAAUAGUUUAAUGCGAUAAGAAGACAGUGUCAAUGAUUUCUAUCGCUAUAGUACAUACACUUUUGCUUGUAAGCAAAUCGUUCUAAGAUGUACAUGAGUGGACAGCGGCGAAAAAAAAUUCCUAAAUGCGCUGAUAAAAAGUUAAUGAUCAACUGCCGCGACUCCAUAUACAAUGAAAGUAUGAAAAAAUAAAAGUAAUUUAAUGAACAAAAUAAGAAAAAUCGGACAAAGUAAGCGUGUAUUCGCUAUCGACCACCCACACAUCCAUAAUUCUUAUUUGUAAAAAGUCAUUUAAGCAUUAGGAUUUCUCUU